AGCGAGUAGAUGUCUGUGUUUCUGUAAGACUCAUCACGAAGCUCCCAUCUUCAUCCUCCUCAUCAUGCCUACCACCCGACAGUCCCCACACCCUUCCAAUGCAUCGCCUCAUGCAGCGCCAUCCCUGGCUCCGCCCAUCACCAUCAUCUCCACCACCUCCUCUCACACCAACACCACCCUCCAUCCAGCCGCUGGCUUUGUCAACGACCUGCUGGACGGCAUCCCCCUGCCUCGAUGGUUGGUCUACAUCAUCUUCAUCCUCGGCGUCCUCCUGAUUCUGUUCUGCUGCGUGUGCGUCUGCUACAAGUGCUGCUGCAAAAGCAAGAAGAAGAAACAGCAGAAGAAGAAGGAUGAGAAGAUCAACCUGGACGGAGUGAACGGGAAAACCACCUCGUCUCUGGUUCAGCCUGAUGCGAACGAUGUGGACUACGGGUCGGCCAAACAGUACAGAGGAAAGCUGCUGUACUCUCUGGACUAUAACGCUGCUCAGUCUGAGCUCACUGUGGGGAUCAAACAGGCCAACAGCCUGAAGGCCAUGGACCUCGGGGGAAGCUCGGACCCCUACGUCAAAGUCUACAUCAGCCCUGACAAAGCAAAAACCUGCGAGACCAAAGUGUUCAGAAACACUCUGGGCCCGGUCUUCAAUGAAAGUUUCAACUACCAGAUAACCAAGUCCUCCCUCCUGAAGUCCUCCGUGGUGAUGCAGGUGUUCGACUUCAACAGAUUCUCCAAACACAACAUCAUCGGCGAGAUCCGGGUGCAGCUGUGCAACGUUGACUGGAACCACGUCAUCGAGGAGUGGCAGGACCUCGAAGAGCCCUCCAAGUUUGAGGAUGGGAACCUGGGUGAGAUCUGCUUCUCUCUGCGUUAUGUCCCGACCUCCGGCAAACUGACCGUGGUGAUCCUGGAAGCCAAAAACCUGAAAUGCAUGGACAUUGGAGGCAGUUCAGAUCCCUACGCAAAGGUGCAGCUAACUCUGGACAAGAGGAAGUGGAGGAAAAAGAAGACGACAGUGAAGAAGAAGACGUUGAGUCCUUAUUAUAACGAGUCCUUCACCUUCGAUGUGACGUUUGAACAGAUUCAGAGGGUGAAUCUGGUGAUCUCCGUGUGGGACCACGACGCCAUUUCCCGAAACGACGCCAUGGGGAAGAUCUUCCUGGGCUGCGACGCCACGGGGAACCAGCUGAGGCACUGGGCCGACAUGUUGUCCAACCCGCGGCGGCCGGUCGCUCAGUGGCACAACCUGCUGUCGGCCCAGCAGGUCAACUCCACCCUGACCCUGAAGAAGAAGAUCCCCCUCUCCAGCAAACUGCCCUUCUGAUGGGACAACACACACACACACACACACACACACACACACACACACACACACACUGAAGUGGUCCCGUCCAUCACAAACAUUUCUACCACAUCAGUGCGAGCUUUUUCAAACAGUCUUUCUUUUAUAUAUCAUUUCUCAGGAAACUAACUGAUUGUUUGUAUCUCACAUUUAAGAUUAACAGUUAUAUUUUAGUACUAAUUUGAAUUAUGAAUCAUGUUUUAUUUUUAAACUUGAGCACUUUCUCUUCCCUGUAUGACCUGUACACCUCCAGCUCAACGCAGGAAAGACCAAAGAGCUGGUGGUGGAUUUCAGAAGAUGCAGUGAACA